CUGAUGGGUGGAACAACCCGGGCAUGAAAAGACUAACGUGACUAACGGACCUGAGAAUUGUGGUUCCUUGUUCGGAUCUUCAGGAAUGUAAGCACGGGCCGUUUUGCUUCUCUUCUGCCUCAGACUGGAUCUGUUACUCACAAAACAGAAUCCUGCUGCUUUGGGGGUACGAAAGAACAUGGCCUGCGUUUCGAAGGGUAGAAUUUAUUGAAGAACGUAGGCACAGCAAGGAAGGAGGGAGGGAUGUGUGCCUGCACAGAAGACCCCUCAACAAAUAACAGUUACAGCGCAAGACUAUUAUUCUGGCAAGUACUGUGGCAGCUUUGUUGUUCCUGAUCAUUGUCCGUCUUACGAAUGAAGUCAGCUUUCCUCUGAUCUUCAACUGCUUUGGUAAAACCAGUGUCAAAUGGAUGCCAUUCUCCUACUCCCAAAGACGGCCUCUAAGGACACACUAUGGAUAUAUUAAUGUGAGAACCCAAGAGCCUUUACAUCUGGAGUGUGACAUUUGUGCCAUUAUUUCAAACUCAGGACAGAUGACAGCACAGAAAGUAGGAUACGAAAUUGAUCAGUCCUCAUGUAUAUGGAGGAUGAACAAUGCUCCUACCAAGGGCUAUGAAGAAGAUGUUGGGAAGAGGACAACAGUCCGAGUUGUCUCCCAUACCAGUGUCCCUCUUUUGCUUAAGAAUCCUGAAUAUUUUUUCAGGGAAACCAACAACACAAUCUAUGUAAUCUGGGGACCUUUUCGAAACAUGAGAAAAGAUGGCAAUGGCAUUGUGUACAACAUGUUGAAAAAGACUGUGGAUAAUUACCCUGAGGCCAAAAUCUAUGUAACCACAGAAAAGCGCAUGAGUUACUGUGAUGAAGUAUUUAAAAGGGAAACGGGGAAAGACAGAGUCCAGUCAGGAUCCUAUCUCAGCACUGGCUGGUUUACCUUAAUACUGGCUAUGGAUGCUUGCUACAGAAUACACAUCUAUGGGAUGAUAAAUGACACCUACUGCAAGUCAGAAGGCUUUCGAAAGGUUCCUUAUCACUACUACGAACCAGGAAGAGAUGAAUGUGAUGAGUACUUUCUGCAUGAAAAUGCACCCUAUGGAGGCCAUAGGUUUAUCACAGAAAAGAAAGUGUUCGCUGAGUGGGCUAAGAAGCACAGUAUAAUAUUUACACAUCCUAACUGGACAUUGUCUUGAUGUUGGAUCUCCCAGCCUUUUACUAUUAGCAUAAUAUUAUGCAUAAGAAAUUCCUCAGUAUACAAUUAUACGUGCAACUGACUGUAUCUUCUCAAUGUUGAUAUUUAUAUGAAUGAUAAACAAGAUAAAGAAUGGCUCCACUGUGGAACAAGGAUAGAUUUACCAAUCUAUGGAAGACAUACAAGAUGCUUAUUAUAUCUCUUAGGGUUGUAAAUCACAAAUGCACUUUAUUCUUAACUGGAUUUUUAAUUCAAAAUGGCAGCAGUUUGGUUUAAAGAUUCUUUUAAGGGAUAUAACACACUUCUGGGCAGCCAAAACAUUUGGAUUGUUUGGGCUUUCUGUUAUGAGUACUUGAGGUUAGGUUGUAGGUUUUCAUUAUUAAGGUAACUCGAUUUUUGUCUUAAACACAACCAAACUAAAGACCAGCAAUGUGCAUAGAUUUUUAAUUAUAUAAAUAACUAAAAUCUCACUGUAUUCCAGUUCAGACAAGAUGCAAUCAAUGGUUUGCAAUUCUGGUUUUGCUGGGAAUUGAAAAGUGUAGUUUGUUGGUUGGUAUAGAACAGAAAAUUAUAGUUUGUCAUGAAAGGGGGGAUAUUGGAGCAUAAGGGAGAAAGAAAGGGUUGUGCACAUCAUAUGAAACAAUUCUGCACAUAAGAAAAUUAGAAAUGGGUUAGGAACAAUUUGUGAACAGAUAGCCUCAACACAGGAAGAUUUUGUAUGUCUAAGGCCCAGGGGUAGUUGAAGUGCUGUGACUUGACAAUCUGCUUUCAUAGCAGUUAGUAUUAUGUUGAAAGAUCCAGGUUUUCUGGAUAUUGUCUAACAUUCUUGUGGCAUUGAUUCGUCUAAUUUUUGCCUUCAACUGCAUUCUCUUUGUAGAACAGUACUUCUGUAAAUUCUGUAUGAGAUGUUGAGGAAGUUCUCUUGUCUUGAAUGUGGAAUUUUAAAAGUCCAGCAUCUAAUACCUCUAAUAUAGUUCUGGAAAGUAAAUCCUAUGUGAUCUUGAACAGUGGCUCAAUUCUCUGCCUCAAAUUCUCCAUAUUUACAAAUGGGGAUAACACCUACCUCAUGAGGAUGUUGCAAAAUAAGCAAAUGUGCAUAUUUAGUGCUUUUUAAAGAAAUGAUGCUUUGCUUGUAAUUCUUAUAGCUACCCAUGGGUAUUUGGCACACAUUUUUCUGUGCUGGGUAUUUGAGGAACAUCAAACCAAAGAUGAGAAAUCAGUGCUGUAAAAUGUUGAAUAUCUUCAUUUAUUUCUUUCAGUGUACAUCCUCAAUGAAUUAUCCUUUUAAUGGGUGUAACUUUGUAAAUGUUACCAGUAGUACUUGCCCAUUUCUAACUGAAAUACAGUAUAAUUUUAUUUAUCAAGCUGAUACUGGAAACAUCCCACAGUGCUAGAUAACUAUGCUAGUUAUAUUGGUUUAUAACAGCAGAAAGGAUCUAAGAACCAAGGAAAAGUGUGAAGUAGACCAUGAAGCAAGGUUUGGAUAAUAUGGCAUUUAUUAUACAGCAUCUCAUUAUGAAAUUAGCUCAGUUACCACAUAAUUAAGGUGGCAUGAAUCCUACCUCCCUAUUCAGCAAAGUUUGAAGACUACCUCUUGUCUUAAAAGUCCUCAUCAAUUUAAAUGCCUUUUCUGCUGGAAGAACACUUAAGUUAGAAGAAGUCUUCAAAUUUUGCUAAACAGAGUGAUAGGCUACAUGCUGAUAAGUUCCAAUCAGAACAAGUGUUCUUUAAUUGAUGUCUAAAGUCAGCAGAGCUCCUUAUGUCAAAUGCUGAAUACCUGGAAUAUCAGAAUUACAACACUGAAUAAGUAAUACUGUUAAAACUUGAAAAGAGGUUAAGUGACUGUUACACUUGUGUAACGGUCAACAAGCAUAUAAACCACCAGACCUUUUGUAUUUCUUUACUGUAUCAUAAGAAAUCAUUAGCAAAAUCAUGUUUUGUACAUGAAAGUGUUUGUAUAAGGAUCGUAUUUCCUACUGUAUAUUUGUAUAUAGAGGUCUAUAUUUUUAAUGUUCAUAGCAUAUACAUUCCCAUCAUCAUCAUCAUUAAGUGAUAACUUACGAUUGUGUGAUUUACCCCAGGACAGUUGUCUUUUGCCCCACAUGAAACUAGAGCUGUUUAUUUACUUACCUCUGGUGAAUUACCUCAAUUCCCUGCUUUAGUGAUGGGCUUGCAACUAACUAAGGGUAAAUGCAUCAUUCAUCUUGGUUCAGCAGUCAAGGGUUAAAUCAGAAUGUAUGAACAGACCUUGGAGGAAACCAUUCAACAUUAGUUCUUUGGGGUUCUUUACUCUUUUUUGGAGAUCCUGUUAUCAGUCUUUCCCUUGUAUUUCAAUUGUAUCCUUGUUUGAUGAUUCUUAAACGCUUCUUCCUGAUCAUUUUUUUUUAAAUUCAGUGUUUUGGAUUUUAGUCUUCAUGUGUUUUGGAUUUUAGUUUACACUUUACCCAAGUGUAAACUAUGUUUAGCUGGCUUGGAAUGUCAUUCAGAUACUAAGAUGGUAAUUGGGGAACUAAACAUCUAUCUAUUUAAUUCCAGUUUUGGAGUUUAGAUUCCCCCAAAUAAUUCUGAACAUUGUAAUUUGGUGAAAGUGCUCUUAAUUGUUUUAUCCCCAAGCCCUAAAAUAUUAAUCCUUCCCCCCCCCUCCCCAAUAUCUAGCUUUUUUGGGACAAUGACAUGACUGCAAAACUUCUUUAUAUUUAUAGAGUAGAAUAUCUUUGAAAUGAGUAACCAAGCUCUUUUCUACAGUGCUGUUUGGCUGCCUAGCACUAAACAAAACAUGAAACCAUCUACAGUGCUGUCUGGCUGCCUAGCGCUAAACAAAACAUGAAACCAUCAGUACUUAAAAAUGUAAGAUUUUUAAUGUAAGAUUGUAAUGUAAGAUUGUUAAAAGAUUGUUAAAUUUAAGAUUGGAGCAGCAGUUCCUCAUUUCACAGUCAUCUGUCUGUAUCAGACUGUUGGACUGCAAUUUAGCACAGGUAAAAGAAAAUCAAUGUAAAUGGGAGGUGAAUUUACACCUGACUAGUAGAUUUUGAAUCUGAUUAAUCAACAUGUCUGACUUUCUACUUACUUUCCAGGACAUUAUGAAAGUUCAGACACAGUGCUGAUGGGUUUAGUUUCCUUUGGCUAAGAUAGAACUGGUGAAUUACCUCAAUUCUCUGCUUUAGUGGUGGUUUUAAUUAAUACAAGGGGUUUUUUUAAAAA